AUGUCAAUUAUAAGCCCAGUAUUUCGAGCGAGGGGUAUUCCUCUGGACGCCGACCUAAGCAAGAUCAUAACCACACUCCGGGAAGCGUAUCCAGGCUUCAGUGUCAACCGCGAUGCGUGUGCCAUUGUCCCAUCACCUUACACUAGUACUACCGAUAAAACAGCCUUAAUCCAGUUCUUCCGUACCCCCCCAGCCCUGGAGAGACUAGGCGCUCCUGGCCAAAAGGACUCUGUGCUCAUCGACUAUAGGCGUCCGGGCAUGGUUCAGUUGAUCAUUGAUAAGGAGUUCUAUGAGUUGACACAGCUAUACGAGCCGAAACCACUACCGAUAACCGCAGAUAUCGUAGCGGUUUCCGGGUUGAACGGGCACGCAUAUGGUUCUUGGCGAAGCAAAGGGGGCCAGAGCAUGUGGCUUCGGGAUUUUCUAUCCAAAGACCUUCCAUCAUGCAGAACAAUGAUAUUUGGAUGCAAUACGAAAUUGAGCGAUGAUUCCGACUAUGAAAUCUCCGACUAUGCUGCAACGCUGUUGGGAGAGCUGAAGAAAGCUAGAAGGACGACGGAGGAGAAGGCAAGGCCCAUAGUCUUUAUCGGACAUAGCUUCGGCGGAGUCAUUAUCGCUCAGGCGAUUGUGAAAGCGCACUCGGAUGCCCAGGACAUCUGUGGCUGGAAGAAUAUUUUCGAUAAUACACGUGCGAUCGCACUUUUCGGAACACCGCAUCAAGGCUUUUACCUAGAUGACCUGCAGGGCAUGCUCAAGGAGGGAUCCCCAAGGAAGCGCCUUCUCGAUGCUCUAAAGUCCGGAAGCUCACAGCUGAGGGAGGAGUUGUCUAAAUUCGUCAACUGCUGCGAUAACAUCAAGAUUAUUACAUUCUACGAGGUCAAACAAACCAAGACAGUGGUAACGAGUCCAGACGGCGUUUCGACAGCCUCUGGCAAUCCCAGAAUGAGAGUUGACCGAGACUCAGCCAUUUUACGGCUCCCAAGCAAGACGGAGCAGGUCCACGUCGCUGAUGGAGACCACUCCGAUAUAGUCAAGUUCAAGCAUAGCCAGGAGAGGUCAUACCUGAGCUUUCUCAAUCAUUUCAGGGACUUUGAUCUCAGUCCCAGGAAUGUCACGGGAUCAAGCCAGGCACAGAAGCCCGCAACCCCUGCACCCGCGACUCCUGCGCCCGCAACCCCUGCACCCGCAACCCCUGCACCCGCAACCCCCGCACCCGCAACCCCGGUACAAGCAACACCAGCACCAACACCAACACCAGCACCAGCACACUCAACUCCAGCACCCACACCCCCACAACCCAGACCCCCUCCCUCAACGCCGCUUCGAACGUCACCGCCACCCAUCCCCACUUUUCCGCAGGGGCCUGACAUUCCAGGGCUAUCUUCAACGUUAUCUUCAGUGUCAAUCGGAGCAGGGUCUACACCAAAGCAUGGGAUAGCACUCGACGCGGUUCUUUCGAACGAUCCAUCUGCCCUGAGGGGGAUACUUCACCAGACACCGGGAGUGGUGAACCAACGGCAGUGGAAUAACACAACAACACUGCUUCACAUUGCCAUUGAUCACGGGUUUGAAUCCGUUGCACACGUUCUACUGGAUUAUGCUGUUAACCUCGAUGCGAGAGAUCAAAACGGACUGAGUGCCCUACGCGUGGCGGCCUACAAGGGUCUCUCCGGGAUAGUCAGGGCUAUUAUAGCACGUCAAGGGCAAGCACAUAACUGCGAGGAAAGAGGAUGGGCCCUUAUAAGUGCCUCCACGCAGGGGCAUCUGGGAACGACCCAGGUGCUCUUGGAAUCUGAAGUCAGCCUUGAAUGGCUGUCACCAAAGGGGGAUGGAAUCCGGGCAUUACACGCUGCAGCCAUAGGGGGCCAUGUACCGGUGGUACGGUUACUCGUGCAAUACGGGGCAGUUAUUCAUGCGGUGGAAACCCAGGGCCGGAAUGCCCUACACCUUGCUGUAAUAAACAACAAGCUUGAUGUCGUUAGAGAGUUAAUACCAGUGCACAUCGGAAGACGCAUAUGCUUGGACAUCCCGGAUAGGUGUGGAUAUAGCGCGCUUCACCUCGCUGCCUCGAUGGGGCAUCAAGCAGUUGCGGAGGCCCUUCUAGAGAAUGGCGCGACUAUUGAAAUUAAGGGCCCGGACGGAAAUACUCCAUUGGGUCUUGCAGCCGGUUCUGGACACAAGGGAAUGGUAUCGCUUCUUUUGGCCCGGGGGGCAGAGGUAAACAUGGUGGACCAUAGAAGAACGACACCAUUAUCUCUGGCCUCCAGGAGUGGCCAUGUUGAGGUGGUGGAGGAACUGCUAGGAAGGGGGGCUUCCAUCGACCUUGUCGAUCUCUUCAAUAAUUCGGCGAUAUACUAUGCAACUGCUGGGGGUCACAUGAAGGUUGUUGAGAUCCUUUCAAUCGCCAGGCAGCAACGCAUCGGACAACCGGCACAGCGAGCACCAGGGCUUCAAGCGCAAGGCCACGUUUCCAUUCUUGGGUUUGGUCUAUCCUUUGGCGCCCAAAACUCAUACUGGCCUUAG